CGGGGGGGGAGCGGGGUGAGCCCGCCGGCUUCUGGGACUUGUAGUCCGGGGGCCAGUAGCCGCCUCUCCCCCGGCCCGGCCCGGGACUACCGUCCCCACAUGGCCUUGCGCCCCGGCGCAUGAGCUCUGGGGCGCCUUAGCGCAUCUAUUAUACUGCCUUACCGAGGAUAAAAAGAAGAGCAACUGGAGGGACUAUAAGGCAAACGUUGCUGGAGCUGCCGGGGCAAAGUUGUAUGGUUGCACCCUGGAAAUGGGAUGUCAGUCCCGUUCAGGGAGCAUAACGGAAGAAAGAAAAUCUCCCAGUUGCUGCUGCUGUGACAGCGAGUGAGAGCGAGAGCAGGAAAAUGUCGACAGUCACAUCAGCAAUCCAGGCUCCUCAGGGGCCUGUGAAUCCACCCCCUCCGGAGGUCACUAAUCCUAACAAGCCUGGCCGGAAGACCAACCAACUGCAAUAUAUGCAAAAUGUCGUGGUAAAGACCUUGUGGAAGCAUCAGUUUGCUUGGCCUUUCUACCAACCUGUUGAUGCAAUUAAAUUGAAUUUGCCGGAUUAUCACAAAAUAAUAAAAAACCCCAUGGACAUGGGGACCAUCAAGAAGCGCCUGGAACAUAACUAUUACUGGAGUGCCAGUGAAUGUAUGCAGGAUUUCAACACCAUGUUUACAAAUUGUUACAUUUAUAACAAGCCCACAGAUGACAUUGUCCUCAUGGCCCAAGCCUUGGAGAAGAUAUUUCUGCAGAAGGUUGCCCAGAUGCCUCAAGAGGAAGUUGAAUUAUUACCCCCAGUUCCUAAAGGCAAAGGUCGCAAGCCAUCAGCAGGCACACAGAGUGCAGGAGCCCAGCAAGCAGUGGCCGUGUCUUCCGUCUCCCCGCCGGCCCCGUUCCAGAGCGUCCCUCCAGCUGCGUCUCAGACGCCCGUCAUUGCUGCCACCCCUGUGCCAACCAUCACUGCUAAUGUCCCGCCUGUCACUGCCCCUCCCGCCGCUGCGCCCCCUCCGCCUGCUGCUCCGAUAAUGCCCGUGGUGCCUCCUACGCCGCCGGUAGUCAAGAAAAAGGGAGUGAAGAGGAAAGCAGACACCACAACCCCCACCACCUCGGCCAUCACCGCCAGCCGCAGCGAGUCGCCCACGCCCCUCUCGGACCCCAAGCAGGCCAAAAUCAUUGCCCGGCGGGAGAGCGGCGGCCGGCCCAUCAAACCACCAAAGAAGGACCUUGAGGAUGGAGAGGUCCCUCAGCAUGCAGGGAAGAAGGGCAAACUCUCUGAGCACCUCAAGUACUGUGACAGCAUUCUCAAGGAGAUGCUCUCAAAGAAGCAUGCUGCCUAUGCAUGGCCCUUUUACAAGCCUGUUGAUGCAGAGGCCUUGGAAUUACAUGACUAUCAUGAUAUUAUCAAACACCCCAUGGAUCUCAGUACUGUUAAAAAAAAAAUGGACAGUCGGGAAUACCAGGACGCACAAGGUUUUGCAGCAGAUAUUCGGUUAAUGUUCUCUAAUUGUUACAAGUACAAUCCUCCAGACCACGAAGUGGUAGCAAUGGCCAGGAAGCUCCAGGAUGUCUUUGAGAUGAGGUUUGCUAAGAUGCCCGAUGAGCCUGCAGAGCCCCCACCUCCACCUCCACCAACAGCACCAGUGGUGAGCAAAAGCACAGAGAGCAGUCACAGCAGUGAGGAGAGCUCAUCUGACUCAGAUAGCUCCGACUCAGAAGAAGAACGAGCGACUCGGCUGGCAGAGCUCCAGGAGCAGCUGAAGGCUGUCCAUGAGCAGCUAGCAGCAUUGUCACAAGCACCAGUGAACAAACCAAAGAAAAAAAAAGAGAAGAAGGAAAAAGAGAAGAAAAAGAAAGAUAAAGAGAGAGAAAAAGAAAAGCACAAAGUAAAAGUUGAGGAGGAGAAGAAACCCAAGGUGGCUCAACCACCAAAACAAACCCAGCAGAAGAAAGCCCCAGCUAAGAAAGCAAACAGCACAACCACAGCUAACAGGCAGCCCAAGAAAGGAGGCAAACAGGCAUCUGCAACCUACGAUUCGGACGAGGAGGAGGAAGGUCUCCCCAUGACCUACGAUGAGAAACGACAGCUCAGCUUGGACAUCAACCGCCUGCCCGGAGAGAAGCUGGGCAGGGUGGUGCACAUCAUCCAGUCCAGGGAACCUUCCCUCAGAGACUCCAAUCCUGAUGAGAUAGAAAUAGAUUUUGAAACAUUGAAGCCCACAACUUUACGAGAACUGGAGAGAUACGUGAAAUCUUGUUUACAGAAAAAACAAAGGAAACCAUUUUCUGCAAGUGGAAAAAAGCAAGCAGCAAAGUCAAAAGAAGAGUUAGCUCAGGAAAAGAAGAAAGAACUAGAAAAGCGGUUACAGGAUGUCAGUGGGCAGCUAAACAACAACAAGAAACCUGCAAAGAAAGAGAAAUCUGGCUCGGCUGCCUCUGGAGGCCCUUCCCGGCUCAGCAGCAGCAGCUCCUCCGAGUCCGGGAGCAGCAGCUCCAGCGGCUCCAGCUCAGACAGCAGCGAUUCAGAAUGAGUCACGGACACUUACCCCACAGAAUGGACAUCACCCACACUGAUGCUCUGCAGUGUUCCUUUCUCUCCUUAAUAUACUGCUCUUGUCCAGCGGCGGUCAGGUUGUUUUUGUUUGUUUUGUUUUCCUCUCUCUGACUUUAUUUUUUUUUAAUUCAGUGUUAUAAAAGGUAUCUUCCAUUUUUUUGGGGGGAGCUCUUUUAAUAGGUCAAAAGAUCUUUGUGUGUGUGUGACUAGACUUUAUGACAAAUAGUUCCCUUUGCAUAAAGUCUCUAAAAUACAUUUUAACUGAAGAAGAUUGGUUGAAAAUGGAGGAACUUUGAACUCUUAGCAGGAGAUAAAUAGAAAGUUCUGCGAGGUUUGUAGUAUAUUUCCCUCCUGCCACUUCCCUCUCUCCAGAAUGUUCUCUUUUGAUAAGCCUGCCUGGCUCACACAAGGUAAAAAAAGAAAAAUAAUACUCUUUUUUAAAAGAAAUCUCUGUAAAAUGGUACUGUACCUGAAAGAUGUUAGCUUUUGAACUAGUUGGUGUAUUUGUUAUUAGCACUAGUAUUCUUAAUCUCAAAGUCUACAGUGUGAUGAAAAUGUCAGAUUCUAUCAUCUUUUUACAUAAAAACAGAAAAACAAAAAAAUUCUAAUGUACUGUGGAUUGCUAACAUGCUUUUUUUUUGUCUUCAAUCUUGGUAGAGGCACAGGCACCUGUUCAGGAAGGUAUUUAAGCAUGAAUUUAACCUGAAGCCCAUGAACAACCUUAAGUGGCUGCAUGUCUUGUUUUUCCACUCAAAAUGUUCACUUUUCUGGGGGAUACAUUGGGAAGAAGGGAGCAAUGGACACUCGGGUUUCUUGGGAAUGUUAUUUUUACCAUCAAAGAGAUAAUUCCCAGGAAAUUGAUACUGUCUAUGAAAGUUUUCAUUUAAUUGAAAAUAGAUUUUAGCCUAAAGCUUUCAGCUGAACCUCGGAGUGAUCCCUGCAGAGUGACCAAGACAAGUCAUGUGCACGUUAUUAGAUACAUGCUUAAGUACUUUCUCCAUGACAAGCACCUCAGCCUGGGCUUAAAAUAAAGGAGCACUUGAGCUCCAGCUGAGGCUGAGCUGGCAGGGGAAUUUGAGAGGGAUGUUGUGUGUUUGGGUUUGUGGGUUGUUUUUUUUUUCCCCCCUCCUUACUGUUUCAGUAGUGAGCUUCUAGAAAGGGAAUGCUACUCCUGUGUGGUGCAGGGUGCAGGUUUCCAGACACUAAUACUUACCUCAAUAAAAAGAAAAGAGGGAAGGGAGGAAAAAAAGAAAAGAGAAUUGUUUUAGGAUCACAAUUCUUUGAGUUCAACCUAAUGUUUUUACCUGCAUUGCUGCAAUACACUCUGUUUUCACUGUCCCUAAUUUCAUGUAUAUAUGAGUACUUUAUUUAUUAAACACCAUUGGUCACUUGAAACUUACUAAAAAAAUAACAAAAGCAAAGCUGCAUUAAGCAGACCACAAGAAAUGCAGACUUUUAAUGUGGUUUGAACUAGACUAUAAAAAAAACACCACAAAAGCAAAUAAAAAUCUGAAACUUUAUUUAAAUCCAAUGGACUUUAUACCUACAGGUGCUACAGUCCAUUCAGUCAUGUGGCUGGUGCUCUGUCGUGUUUGGUGUGUUCAUUUUUUGUAUUGUCUUCUCUCUUCUUUAUAUUUUUACCCCAGCCCCCUUUUUUUUCCUCUUUUGUACAGAUUUUGGAGACAUACAAGUAGAUAGAUUGCCUUGAUGCAGCACAUUAUUAUUUUCUCUGUAAUAUUUCUAGAGGUCCUUUUCCCUCUCUCUUUUUUUGUUAGAAUGAUGGUGUUUUUUUAUAAUCCAAUUUUAGAAAAACACCAGUUCUAUAACAAUAUAAAAUUUGUAAUCUGAGAGGCAGAAAUUUAUUGUAAAUUCUUAAGUUUUUAUUGUAAAGAAAAAAAAAUAUAGAGUACAGAAAGUUAUGCCUUCCCCUCUCCAGCACCAGCCCUUGAGGCUGCCUCUCUACUGUGGGGUAGCCCUAAAAUUGACCUUGCUCUGGUGUCUGUUAGUGGUUUCCAGGGGCCCUGUGAUGCAGUUUGCACCAGCUUUUAUUUGUCACAGGGAGAUGAGUGGCCCUGGAGGACUCCUCAGCCCCAGCAUGCAAUUUCCAUUGCAUGAGACUCAGUUUCUCCUGGAAGUUGCUGUGCAUCCCUGGCUCAUUUGGCAGUCACCAGAGGGCUUGGCAGGAGGAUUCCAGGUCUUUGCAGAUAGUUUCCCCUGAUAUUUGACAGUGAAUGAACUAGGGUGUUUCUUACUGAAAAUAAUUAUUUUUCUUGUCCAUUAAAAAUUGACUUAUUUUUAGUCUCUAUUUUUUUUUAUUCUGCCCUUAAAUCUUCACUUAGUUCCUUGGUAAUAUAUUUUCAGAAUUUAGUAUGAGGAAAUGUAAUAUACACCUAAUUAUUUUUAAUGGGGCUGGGUUUCAUCUGUGUUUCUCCUAUUGUCUGAGACUUGCAUUCUCAAAACCAACUAGUAUUUUAAUUAAAAAUAAUUGCAAACAGUUCAAUACCAUAACUUGGAUGAACCAGCUCUGUUUUCCCUGCUUGAAACCUUCUUCCGUGUGCAUUAACUGGAGCUGGUGUUGUUGAUGGAAUGUGUUGGUCACUCCUGUGAAGAACAAACUGCAGCCAGUGUUGGGGGCAAAAGGAGCCCACCCUGUAGCCCCUCUUGCCAGCAGCAGCACCACCACACAAAGCCUGGGGACCUGGUUCUGCAGCAUGCCACCAUCAUCCAACCCUGGGGACAACUCUGCUGACCACCCUGCUGACCACAGCCAGGGUACAGAUGUUCCUCUAAGACACACAAGUGCAUCCCACCAAAAUCAGUGGAAAGGUUAGAGCCAGAGGGUUGGGGACCAAGCGUGAAGUGAUGGAAAGGGGCCUGGCUUGGGACUGUCCACAGCACUGGAGGAGGAUCCCUACUUCAGUUGGCAAACCUGUCCUAGCUUGGGGAUUUGCAAGGAGAACAAACAACCAGAACCACCAAGGAAUCCGAAGAACCACCCGCAUAUCUUGGAUAUACCCAGCUGCAACUUGGGCUGCCUUUUAGUGGGAAACUUUGUUUUCAUGGAAAGUAAGGUGUUCCCUAGGAAGUUCACAUGAGAAAUCCAUUUUGGUGUGACCUUCAUUUCAGGAAAGAAGCUGAUGACUCUUCGUUUCAAAGUGUUCUUUUUUUUUUUUUUCAUUUUUGUAGUGUUUGUAGUGCUCAUUAUCUCCCAACAUGUCUGUAGUGGUGCCUCUUGUAUCUCCAGAUCAGAAUGUCUCCAGGAAAGAAGAGAUGUUUUCAGUCCAUAGUAAGUAGCAGCAGCCCAUAAUGAGUUGAAAACUCAAUAUAGAAUUUAUUUAACUGAGUUUGUAUUGCAUGGCAUGUCAGUACAGAUGUCAUGAAAUAACUUUAAAAUGAACAAACAUAGAACAUUUGAAUGGACAUUUUAAAACUCAAGUUUAAAAAAGAUUGACAUUUUUAUGGUAAAUUUUUCUUGAAUGAACAAAGUUUAACUUUGUUUUCCAGGGGAAACUUCACUGAAAUCAGUAUGAUUUCAUAUGUAUACAUACACACAGAUAGUUUUAUUGAAACUUUUUUCUGAGGAAUUCCUGUUUUUGACAAAACAAUAUCUGAUCAGACCUAUUAUCAGUCAACCAGCAUUACUGCACCUUUAAAAACUUUGCUAACCUUGAUCUGAUUGUAAGGUCAGCCUGUUUCUUGGCACUCCAGCAGAUGCAGGCUCAGUGGGACCAGAGGGAGAUCCACAUCCCGUGGGCUCAGGCCCUGAUCCAUCUACUGAAGGAAUCUGUUGUGUACAACAGGUUUCUGCUAACCAAAUGUUGUCUUUACAAAAUCAGUUUUGUAUUGAUGUGACUUUAAACCUUCCUGCCGACAGGGUUUGUAACUGUACAACUGAUAAUUCCAGGACUAUGUAACUGUUGUUUGUGAGUGUGUGUGUAAUAGGUGCACACACCCACCCACACACCAGCACGUGUGUGCGUGUAUAUAUACAAAUUAGUUACCCAGUGAGGUCUCUUUCCAUGUUCUCUAUGUGGUAGAAGCAGACUGCAGUUACCUAACCUAGUUCUUUCUCUGUUUUGGGGACUCUUAGACCAGUUUUUAAUUUUUUCCUUGUUUUGAAAGGAAUGAUGUUUUUUAAAGUUGGGGUUGGAGCUAAGGGGGAGGGGAGCAGGGCAUGACCACACAAAACCACAACCUUUUUAGUACUGGAUUGUAAAAAGACAAUUCUCCAACAGGAGCAGUUACCACUAGGGCUAACUGUGGGCAGGCUCUGCAUUGUUGAAAAUCCAUUUAGGGCAAGGAUUCAUUACACUAGCAACAUUAUCUUGCUUGUAAAACAGUAAGAUGCAUUUUUUUAAAAUGGCAUUUGCAUAUCUUUUUAAAUGUAAUUUUUAAAAAUAAAUAAACCACCAGCUAGGGUUUGAGACAGGCCACUUAGAACUUACCCCUGAUACUGGCAUAACCAAUCCAGAAAGAUUUGUUGUUGUAUUUUUGUUUUGGUUUUCUUUGGGUUUUUUUUAAAUAUUUAAAACAAAUGUUACUUUUCUGUAUGAUGUGCAUGCAAAUUUACCGUAACUUUUUCUUAACUUUUUAGUGCCAUUUCUAGUAUAUUCCUGUAAAUGUCAGUUACUGAAAAGAAAUGAGUCAAUGUAAGUAGUUUAGCUUGUUUAUUGCAAAUUGCUGGCCUCAAACACAACAGAAUUUUAAAAAGAGUUAGAAAGUAAUCUUUGAUGUUACUGGUAAUCAUGGACCCUGGUCCUGGGGCAUUUGUUUUGUUUUCAUAAUAAAAACAAAAAUUGUUUUGUGUGUGCA